UGACAAGUGAGACGGUGAAGGGCAAAGAAGUAGUUGUUGAGAAGGAGAAUGGAGAGGAGGGUUUCAGCAUUGACAUGAUGAAGGGAAAUGAAGCACUUGUUGAGAAGGAUAAUGGAGAGCACGUUAUGACCAGUGAAAUAAUGAAGGGCAAAGAAACAAUGGUUGAGGUUGUAGUGGAGAAAGAUAUUAGGAGCAAGACAUCGAAGGGAAAGGAGAAAGUUGUUGAGAACCUGUAGGAGGACAAAAUGAAGGGAGCAAAUACUAAAUUGGUUAUAGGUAGAAGUACCUAUUUGAGACAAAAAAGAACAGGAAAGGCUGUGGAAGUGUGUAAAUCUCCAUAUAUGGCCAGGGUGGUAGACCCUAAUGACAUAUCAAGUGCACAAGAAAAACUGAUAUGGAGAUGGGUGAUGCAAAAUGCAGCUGAUAAGAGGGAUGAUAUUAUAUUCAAGUACAGGCAAAUUAUGCGCAAGAGAGGAGAAUUUUUUUCACUUGCGGGAAAAAAGGAAUUGUGCAUGAAUGUGUUAGACGCAUGGACCGUAUACUUGAAUACUAAGGAAAAAGUACGCAGUAGCACAUCACCAUGUAGACUGUUUGCAAAAUCCAUUCCUUGUCUUUACACCAUGGAGCACGCACUACCUGAAAAUGAAGCUUAUGAAGUGUUUAAAGAAGCAAUGUUGUUGGCUUUAGAAAAUGUCAAACCGGAAAUAAAAAUGGAAGAUGUGGAUUUGUUCUUCUUUCCAAUAUGCAACCCAAACACUGUUAUGUUGUGUGCUUGAACAUGAAGCAACAACACAUUGAAGUGUUAGACAACACGUACAAUAGAUAACCUUGAAUUUGAUGAGAAGUAUGGUGAGAUGCCAUAUAGUCUGAGAGAUAUGUUUGUGGAUUACUUAACAAAAGUGGGUCUUGAUAAUGACUCCAACACAUUCUACACACUGAAUUUGAAGAGGUUGGCAAUGAGUUGGAGAUAAUCCAGGAAUGAGCAUGACUACGGAUUGUGGAGCAUGCGGCACAUGGAAACAUACAUGGGGCAAGGCUCCAAAGGAUGGGAUGUUGGAGUGAAGAAAGGGGAUGCGAGGGGACUCAUGCAAUUGCGAGUCAAGUAUUGUGCUGCACUAAUCUCAUCGGACAUAAAUGAGUUGAAGAAAAAGAACUUAGACGAGGUUAAGGAAUUUGGGAAGGGAAAAACAAUUAAGAAGUAGAUUUUAAGGUUGAAUUAAACAUUACUUGCUUAAAUUGAUUGCACUUUUAAUUAUUUUACGGGCAUUUGUUGUUUUUCAAAGGCAUGAUGCCUUACUGUUUUGGAUAUGUUGGUUACAACUUAAAUUUUUGGGAUUUAAUUUAUUAAAUGGUGUUUGAC